CUCCCAUGUUUACGGAUGUGAGGAGAAGCAAAGUAGUGAACAGUGAAUACAGAACAUUUCAUCAGAAAUGAUCAAACACGUUUUCCUAACCGGACCUCCGGGUGUGGGUAAGACCACCCUGGUCCAGAAGGCCUGUGACGUAAUAGUGUCUUCAGGUGUGUCUGUGGAGGGCUUCUACACCCAGGAGGUCAGGGAGGGGAGGCGCAGGGUCGGUUUCGACGUUGUUACUGUGACCGGACAGAGAGGAAACUUGUCCAGAGUCAGAGAGAAGUCUGUAGCUUCACAUGGAGGGAGGGAGUACACUGUAGGACAGUAUGUAGUGGAUGUACCUUCGUUUGAGAACCUGGCUCUACCUCUCUUCAGAAACCUUGACUCUUCAUGCAGUAGCAAUCAUCAGGUGUUUGUCAUUGAUGAGGUUGGUAAAAUGGAGCUGUUCAGCCAGGCGUUCAUCAGGUCAGUCAGACAGACCCUGGACUCUCCAGUCUUCUCUGUCCUGGGGACUAUACCCCUCCCUUCAGGAAAACCACUGGGUUUUGUGGAGGAGAUACGGACCAGGACGGACGUCACUGUCUUCACUGUCUCCAAGGAGAACAGAGAUGUUAUAUUACCAGAGGUUGUGUCAGCUCUAAAGGACUGCCUCAAACAGUAGGUGGAAGUUAUCCAAGGUCAGUGGAACAUCAUGGAGGGCAUUCAGAAACACAGCAGCACUCUGAACUAGACCAUGAUGAACAAGACCGACCCUGAUGAACGAGACCGACCCUGAUGAACUAGACCGACCCUGAAGAACUAGACCGACCCUGAAGAACUAGACCGACCCUGACGAACGAGACCGACCCUGACGAACGAGACCGACCCUGACGAACGAGACCGACCCUGACGAACGAGACCGAACCUGACGAACGAGACCGACCCUGAUUGGUGGAUGUUGGCCAGCACUCUGAACCAGACCGACCCUGAUUUGUGGAUGUUGGCCAGGACUCGGAACUAGACCGUCCCUGAUUGGUGGAUGUUGGCCUGUACUCUGAACCAGACCAACCCUGAUUUGUGGAUGUUGGCCAGGACUCGGAACUAGACCGUCCCUGAUUGGUGGAUGUUGGCCUGCACUCUGUACUAGACUGACCCUGAUGAACUAGACUGACCCUGAUGGAUGGAUGUUGGCCAGCAUUCUGUACUAGACUGACCCUGAUGAACUAGACUGACCCUGAUGAACUAGACUGACCCUGAUGGAUGGAUGUUGGCCAGCAUUCUGUACUAGACCGGCCCUGAUGGAUGGAUGUUGGCCAGAAUUCUGUACUAGACCGACCCUGAUGGGUGGAUUUUGGCCAAUACUCUGUAAUAGACCAUGGCCACCUAACCAUCCCCAGCUUACAAUUGGCUCAUUCAUCCCCCUCCUCUCCCCUGUAACUAUUCCCCAGGUCAUUGCUGGAAAUGAGAAUGUUUUCUCGGUCAACUUACCUGGUAAAAUAACAAAAAAAAUCAAUAAAAAUGUAAUAAAACAAUGAUUUAAUUAAUUCUGAAAACUGCCACAUUCAGUCCAUAGUCCAUAUUGUUAUCAGACCUAGUGAUGGUCCAUGUUGUUAUCAGACCUAGUGAUGGUCCAUGUUGUUAUCAGACCUAGUGAUGGUCCAUAUUGUUAUCAGACCUAGUGAUGGUCCAUGUUGUUAUCAGACCUAGUGAUGGUCCAUGUUGUUAUCAGACCUAGUGAUGGUCCAUAUUGUUAUCAGACCUAGUGAUGGUCCAUGUUGUUAUCAGACCUACUGAUGGUCCAUGUUGUUAUCAGAACUACUGAUGGUCCAUGUUGUUAUCAGACCUACUGAUGGUCCAUGUUGUUAUCAGAACUACUGAUGGUCCAUGUUGUUAUCAGACCUACUGAUGGUCCAUGUUGUUAUCAGAACUACUGAUGGUCCAUAUUGUUAUCAGACCUACUGAUGGUCCAUGUUGUUAUCAGACCUACUGAUGGUCCAUGUUGUUAUCAGACCUACUGAUGGUCCAUGUUGUUAUCAGAACUACUGAUGGUCCAUAUUGUUAUCAGACCUAGUGAUGGUCCAUGUUGUUAUCAGAACUACUGAUGGUCCAUAUUGUUAUCAGACCUACUGAUGGUCCAUGUUGUUAUCAGAACUACUGAUGGUCCAUAUUGUUAUCAGACCUACUGAUGGUCCAUGUUGUUAUCAGACCUAGUGAUGGUCCAUAUUGUUAUCAGACCUACUGAUGGUCCAUAUUGAUUGUUAUCAGACCUACUGAUGGUCCAUGUUGUUAUCAGACCUACUGAUGGUCCAUAUUGUUAUCAGACCUAGUGAUGGUCCAUGUUGUUAUCAGAACUACUGAUGGUCCAUAUUGUUAUCAGACCUAGUGAUGGUCCAUGUUGUUAUCAGACCUAGUGAUGGUCCAUAUUGAUUGUUAUCAGACCUAGUGAUGGUCCAUAUUGAUUGUUAUCAGACCUACUGAUGGUCCAUAUUGUUAUCAGACCUACUGAUUGUCCAUAUCUGUAGACACACCUCCUCCACACCUCCAUUAAUACAGUGUAUCUGUAGACACACCUCCUCCACACCUCCAUUAAUACAGUGUAUCUAUAGACACACCUCCUCCACACCUCCAUUAAUACAGUGUAUCUGUAGACACACCUCCUCCACACCUCCAUUAAUACAGUGUAUCUAUAGACACACCUCCUCCACACCUCCAUUAAUACAGUGUAUCUAUAGACACACCUCCUCCACACCUCCAUUAAUACAGUGUAUCUAUAGACACACCUCCUCCACACCUCCAUUAAUACAGUGUAUCAGUAGACACACCUCCAUUAAUACAGUGUAUCAGUAGACACGCCUCCAUUAAUACAGUGUAUCUGUAGACACACCUCCUCCACACCUCCAUUAAUACAGUGUAUCUGUAGACACACCUCCAUUAAUACAGUGUAUCUGUAGACACACCUCCUCCACACCUCCAUUAAUACAGUGUAUCAGUAGACACACCUCCAUUAAUACAGUGUAUCAGUAGACACGCCUCCAUUAAUAUAGUGUAUCUGUAGACACACCUCCAUUAAUAUAGUGUAUCUGUAGACACACCUCCAUUAAUAUAGUGUAUCUGUAGACACACCUCCAUUAAUACAGUGUAUCAGUAGACACACCUCCAUUAAUACAGUGUAUCUAUAGACACACCUCCAUUAAUACAGUGUAUCAGUAGACACACCUCCAUUAAUACAGUGUAUCUAUAGACACACCUCCAUUAAUACAGUGUAUCAGUAGACACACCUCCAUUAAUACAGUGUAUCUAUAGACACACCUCCUCCACACCUCCAUUAAUACAGUGUUUCCUUAUACACACCUCCAUUAAUACAGUGUUUCCUUAUACACACCUCCAUCUGUAGACACACCUCCACCACACAUCCAUUAAUACAGUGUAUCUGUAGACACACCUCCUCCACACCUCCAUUAAUACAGUGUAUCAGUAGACACACCUCCUCCACACCUCCAUUAAUACAGUGUAUCUGUAGACACACCUCCAUUAAUACAGUGUAUCUAUAGACACACCUCCUCCACACCUCCAUUAAUACAGUGUAUCAGUAGACACACCUCCAUUAAUACAGUGUAUCAGUACACACCUCCAUUAAUACAGUGUAUCUAUAGACACACCUCCUCCACACCUCCAUUAAUACAGUGUAUCUAUAGACACACCUCCUCCACACCUCCAUUAAUACAGUGUAUCUAUAGACACACCUCCUCCACACCUCCAUUAAUACAGUGUAUCUAUAGACACACCUCCUCCACACCUCCAUUAAUACAGUGUAUCUAUAGACACACCUCCUCCACACCUCCAUUAAUACAGUGUAUCUAUAGACACACCUCCUCCACACCUCCAUUAAUACAGUGUAUCUAUAGACACACCUCCUCCACACCUCCAUUAAUACAGUGUAUCUAUAGACACACCUCCUCCACACCUCCAUUAAUACAGUGUAUCAGUAGACACACCUCCAGCGACAGCCCGGAACCUGAAGGAUCUGGAGAAGGUCUACAAGGUCUAUAAAAUCAUACAAUGUGAUUUUCUGGAUUUUCUCUCACAGUUGAAGUGUACCUUUGAUAAAAAAUACAGACCUCUACAUGCUUUGUAAGUAGGAAAACCUGCAAAAUCGGCAGCGUAUCAAAUACUUGUUCUCCCCACUGUAUGUAUGUGUGUGUAUGUGUGUGUGUAUGUAUGUAUAUAUAUUAGUGGCUACUCUACUGGACCAGUCAACAGUUUGGACACACCUACUCAUUCCAGCGUUUUUCUUUAUUUUUACUAUUUUCUACAUUGUAGAAUAAUAGUGAAGACAUCAAAACUAUGAUAUAACACAUAUUGAAUCAUGUAGUAACCAAAAAAGUGUUUUGGCCAAAAUGUCCUGGUACUGGGUAAAUGUCGUUGACGUUACCAAGGGCCCCGGACCAGUGGAAGGUCAAUAGCCCCAUAACAUUACAGAUCCACCAGCAUGUUCUACAGUAGCUGUGGGCUCCUUUUGCUCCACUGGUCCGGGGCUCUUGGUCAACGGCAUCAUGAACUUCUAUCCAGUACCAGGACAUUUUAGCCAAAAAAAUGGUUGCCUCUGCACACAUCAAAAUCCACAAAUGAAUGGUUAUUUGGCCACAAAAUCAACAUUUUGCAAUGACCAUCUCAGUCUCCGGACUGAAAACCCAUUGGAAACUGGUGGUUUGAAUAGAAGAGGGCAAUGGUCUACGAUCCCUCCUAAUGUGUUCUCCAACUAAUAAAGCAUUUUAGAAAAAGGCUCAUUGCCGUUAUCCUCACAAGGUGUGGUAUUGAAAGGCAAUAUGUACAUUGUUAAGUCAUGCCAAUAAAAUAAUUUGAAUUUAA